AUGCUCGCCAAUGCCACACCGAGUAAAGCACAUAUCGCACAGAAACAAUUUGCAAAAGAACUAACCGCCCGCCUGGUAAAAUUGGCACUGGAGCGCUGUACUGGAGAUAAACCGAAGGAUGCCAACGAUUUGCAGCACACUGUCAAUUCUCUUCCGACUGAAAUUGAAAUGCAAACGGAGUUCAGAAGAAGUACACAGAAAACACAAGAGCAACAGGCAAGCGGUGAUAAAACAUUGAAAUCUCGCCGAGAAUUUCUGACCGAGAAGCCCGUUAACCUACCUUCAAGCGUUCUCUCUGAUGAGCUGAAGCAUCAAGGCAUCCGAAAACAUCAUAUAGGUACUACGAAUGAACCAGGUCAACUAUCAAAAGAGCAAGAGCAUGUUUUGGCUAAUUUGAAGAAUAAUACAAAACUACGCUCAAUAUCGAGCGCUAGCACAAGCCCAGUGGUUAAGCCGGAAGAAAGGUAUAUCCUUGAAUAUGAUGAGUGCAAUUACACACCAAUCGAAAUUGCUAAUGCUUCAUCCCGCAACAGGAAUACGUGGGGAGUUAUUUACGGGGAUGAAUUAGAUUGCCUUGAGGACGAUAAAGUUCAAAUUGAAGAUACGGAGUCAGGCGCUGAUGCAUCGGAUUCUGAGGUCUCGUGUAGUGAUGGUAUUGGAAAGCUCUAUCCAGUCAUUCCAUCACUGUUUCCAAAUACACCUUCGGUAAUUCGAUUUGUCGGAGACGAUCAAACUGUAGUCAAACUUCCCAAACCGUAUCGUAGUCGGUUAAAGUGGCGACCGAGUGCAAUUACACCAAAUGUGGUCAAACGUGCGCUAAAACGAUCCCAUUUUCGUCUGACAUUGAAAAGUCCAGAUUGGUUAGGCUAUUAUGGAAACCAUUUAAAACCGAUGGCAUUUAGACCUAUUCGCGAAUUUCAAAAAGUGAACCAUUUUCCCGGUUCCUUUCAACUGGGUCGCAAAGACAAACUUUGGAAUAAUCUGUCUCGUUUACGUGCCCAAUUCGGUCGAAAAAUGGUGGAUUUCGUCCCGCGAACGUUUUACUUACCAUGUGAUUUUCGGCUGUUAAAGGAAGUCUGGUCCCGAAACGAUACACCCGCUUGCGAUUGUUCAACAAACCUUAUUGGCAAUACCACUCGACCAAAAUGGAUCAUGAAACCACCAGCUGCGGCUCGUGGUAUCGGUGUCAAGGUACUUCGUCAAUGGUCCGAUGUACCGAAACAACGCAACGUGAUUGUUCAGUCCUACAUCUCACGCCCAUAUCUGAUUCACGAUACAAAAUUCGACCUACGCCUCUAUGUCUACGUGACGGGUUUCAAUCCGUUUCGUGCCUACUUGCAUCGCCAAGGUCUGGUGCGAUUUGCAUCCCAAAAGCAAGUGUUAUUUCUACGGCGGCUACGACGUAUUUUGAAGUUUCACGCACCGUUAAAUUCUCUUUAUAACGUUUAUCUUAAUUAUUAA